GAUAAACAUCGUUUCUUAUAAGCAGGUGAUUAGUUUCGUAUCGAAAGUUGUUUUAUAUGUUUCGUCGUUUGGAAAAUUUGUAGGUUAACUUUCUUUUUCGGUACUUUGCGGUAAUAUUUCAAAGGAUAUUUGUUGACAUUUUAUUCGUGCGUUUGCGUAACAAUCUAUAUAAAUGUCCGCACAAUUACCACCAUGUCCUGCUUCACUAAAGGCUAUCCAACAUUAUUUAAAAACAGCAGCUGAACAUGAUGGACGAGACCAAGUUGUCAGUUACUGGUGUCGCCUUUAUGCUCUCCAGACUGGUCUCAAGAUUGAUCGGAAGUCAGAUGACUCAAAAUCCUUUUUAGUGGGUCUUAUGGAUUGGUUGGAAACACAGAAAAAGGCACAGGCAGAUAAUGAAGCCAUAACACAUGAACUUGCUGCCCAAGCCCAUAUAGAAAAUUAUGCAUUAAAACUUUUCCUGUAUGCUGAUAGCCAAGACAGAGCUGCAAAUUUUGGAAAGAAUGUUGUGAAAGCCUUUUACACUGCUGGAAUGCUCUUUGAUGUCCUCACAACAUUUGGAGAGUUGUCGGAAGAGGUCGUUCAGAAUCGAAAAUAUGCCAAAUGGAAGGCUGCCUACAUUCAUAAUUGUCUGAAGAAUGGUGAGACACCUCUCCCAGGUCCACUGACAGAAGAAGGUGAACCGCAUGAUGGCUUACUUAAUGAAGAAGGGAAUCCAACUCCUGGAGGUUCUGCGUUUCAAGAAGACUACGGCGAGGCUGCUGGAAACACUGAAUUUGGUUUUGUUCAACCUCAAAAACCUGCAGCUGGUUUUGAGGCACCGUCUCCACCUGCAUCCAAUACUUAUGUACCCCCCACCACCCCCAGUUAUCCAGGUGGCUUCAUUCCGUACCAUCCUUCUCCAUCUGCAGCUGUCACACCGAAUGAUGGAAUAAAUUUGCAGCCUAGCUUUGAGAAUUACAAUCCAACGGGUGGCGUGAGUGGAGGCUCGAGUUCUGAAGGAGGAGUAAAGCUGGAUGCAGCGCAGGUGACGAAAGCACAGAAAUACUGUAAGUGGGCUGGCAGUGCGCUUAAUUAUGACGAUAUUUCAACAGCUAUAACUAACUUGCAAAAGGCCUUAAGAUUGCUUCAGACUGGACAAGAUGAUUGAACCUGUAACACAGAAUGUUGUAUAGCUUGCAGUUGUCGGUAAGUUUUUAUAAACUACUGAGUAAAUAGGACUGACUCAUUCUGUUUUUUAUUUUUGUUGAGAAAUGUACAUUUCUGUUUUUGUUGUAUAUACCAGUUGUACUAUUACGUAUAUUGCAUUCUUCAUGAUUAACAAUCCUGAAUAUCUCACAGCUGUAAAAGGUGUCUGAAGCCGUCUUCACAGUGAUACACCACUGUGUAAUAUGUACAUACAUAUGAAUGUUUCAUCAAAGUCUGUCGAAGGGCUCAAAGUUAAUACAGGACCUGAAGUGAACUGACUGUUAAAGUGGUGUCCGCACAUUGAAAUGAGUUCUGUUUUGUUUUUUAGGGCUACUGGAAUUAAUUGUUGUUGGUAUUCAAAGAAGUCCUUAAUUGCCAGUUAAUUUUAAUUUGUUUGUUAAUUGGUAAUGUGCAUUGCUUUAUAUUAACUUUUUAUUUAAGAUUUUUUUAAAAUACUUACAAUUAAACACAAAGUAUGUAACAUAAUUUUGAUAGUUGAAAUGCUAUCAGUAUGUUAAAUUCAACUAUAUUAUUUAAUGUGAUUCAGAUCUGUAAUAAUAACAACAACA